AUGGCUCCUCCUCCCGCGACCCUGCCUUUGGUUGAGAGGCUCAAGCUUCUCGUGCAGACCCUGCAGUUUGCUUGGUUUGUCGGACAUGUCACACUAUUGCUCUCGGUCUUCCGUUACACCCUCUCCUGCAUCUUCUUCAACUAUUACUCCUCCUCGGCACAAAUCGCCUAUCGUCUGACGUUCAUCUCGGCCGCUGUCACUUAUGGAAUCGUCGUGUACAAGGGCCACUUUGCCCGGGGUGUCCAGGGUAGCCCUCUGGCAAUUGUGAUGAAGCUCAUCUCCGAUGAGAAUGUGCAAUACCUCGGAAUGGCCCUGGUCUGGCUGUACUCGCGCCAGCUCAUCCUGGCUCUCCUGCCUUUCAGCGUCUACUCGGUCUUCCACGUCGCAACCUAUACUCGCAUGUACCUGAUUCCCACCUUGCAGCCCCCUGCGCAGGCCCCUGGCUCUCCCUCCUCCCCUAGCUCGAAGCCCGCCGCCAAGCAGUCUCCCCUCGCCGAGACUAUUGGGCGCUUCAUCAAGCAGUACUACGAUGCCAGCAUGGGUGUCGUUGCCACCCUCGAGAUCGCCCUGCUGUUCCGCCUGGUUCUGUCCGCUAUCACCUUCUCCAAGGGAAGCUGGGUCCUCCUGAUUGUCUACUUGUCUUUCUUCCGUGCCCGCUACGCCCAGAGCUCCUUCGUCCAGCAGGCUGUCCGUCAGCUCACUGCUCGCGCCGAUGCCUCUAUCUCCCACCAGAGCACUCCUCCUCAGGUUCGCCAGGGCUGGGAGGCCGUGAAGGGAAUCGUGCGCCAGGGCUACGAGAUCACCGAUGUUGGCCGCUACAUCUCUGGCCCUACUGCUGCUAAGAAGCCGCAGUAA